AUGUUUUCUCUACGUCAAACUUUUAAAUUAGCCACUCCAGCUACCAGAGCUUUUACUACUUCCAGAUUUUUAUUUCAACACAAACCAGUAUUCAAGCCUUCUUCCUCUUUAGCUGAUGUUGAUGGCCCAGAAAGUUUGAUUGGUCCAGGUGCCAAGGAAGGUACUGUUCCAACUGACUUUGAGCAAGCCACAGGUUUGGAAAGAUUGGAAUUAUUGGGUAAAUUGGAAGGUGUUGAAAUUUUUGAUACUAAGCCAUUAGAUUCAAGCAGAAUAGGUACUUUAGAGAACCCAAUUGUUGUUGAUUCGUACGAUGAUUAUCGUUACGUUGGCUGUACCGGUUCUCCAGCCGAUUCUCACACCGUUAUGUGGUUGAAGCCAACCGUCGACAAGGUUGCUAGAUGUUGGGAAUGUGGUUCUGUUUAUGCUAUCAAUCCAUUAGGUUCUAAAAAGAAUGGCCACCAUUAA